UUUAUAAAGUCCACCCGACCUCACCUAAUGUCAAAAGAAACCAACGGCAGGAGGAGGGAGACACCUCGAGGAAACCACAGCACCCAAAGAACAAGAAAGGCGAUACCCCUUCUCCCACCACCACCGUUUCCGUCCAUCUCCAUCCUCACCGCCGGCGACGCUCACCUCCGACGACCGAUCGGCGACCUGCUUCAGCCAUGGCAAUGGCUUACAAGAUGGCGACGGAGGGGAUGAACGUGAAGGAGGAGUGCCAGAGGUGGUUCAUGGAGAUGAAGUGGAAGAAGGUGCACCGGUUCGUGGUGUACAAGAUCGACGAGCGGUCGCGCGCCGUGCUGGUGGACAAGGUGGGCGGCCCCGGCGAAGGGUACGAGGAGCUCGUCGCCGCGCUGCCCACCGACGACUGCCGCUACGCCGUCUUCGACUUCGACUUCGUCACCGUCGACAACUGCCAGAAGAGCAAGAUCUUCUUCAUCGCCUGGUCACCGACCGCAUCGAGGAUAAGAGCCAAGAUUCUGUACGCGACGUCGAAGCAAGGGCUGAGGCGGGUGCUUGACGGGGUCCACUACGAGGUGCAAGCCACGGACUCCUCCGAGAUGGGCUACGACGUCAUCCGAGGCCGCGCUCAGUGAGCUGAGCUCCUCCGGCGCCGGCGCGCCGCCGCGACGCGACGAGUCGCGGGCGGGCUUGCGGCGCUGUACUUAGCACGUACUCACCCCCAGUGUGUGUGGUAUAAUCGGACGGAUGCUAAUUGGCUCUCUCGUUCUCGUAGUAGGGCGGCUGAUGAUGCGAUCUGACGAGGGUUUGUGAAUUUGGUUUAGAGUUUGGCGUGGCGUGGCGUGCUGUUUCGUUUGGAGAGUUGGAGGGGUGUGUGUAGCGUGGCGUGUUGCUGAGGGAGUGGCAGCGGAUUAGUGAAACGUCCCAUGUCGGUGACGUAGAAAUUCCACUGAUGAUGCUCCACUUGGUUGAUUAAUUGUUCCAGGAAACAUGAUCGGGGUGCUUCAAAAUUUUGUUCGCCUGCUGGAAUAAAAGGACACUUGACACUUCACA